AUUCAAAUUUCAAUUAAUUAAUUUUAGGGCUCUAAAAAAUGGAAGAAAAGAAAAUGAAUAACAGUAGCAGCAAUACCAGUUCUUCUGGAAGGCAGCUCAAAACUAUGCUCCGCAAAAACUGGCUUCUUAAAAUUCGUCAUCCUUACAUCACUCUCUCUGAGAUUCUGCUUCCUGUAGUGGUGAUGCUGAUGUUAAUAGCCGUAAGGACACAAGUUGACACGAAGAUCCAUCCUGCUCAAUCGUACAUUAAGAAAGAUACAUAUGUGGAAGUCGGGAAGAGUGAUAUCUCCCCAACUUUUAAUCAAGUGCUGGAAUCAUUGUUUGCUAAUGGUGAAUAUUUGGCUUUUGCCCCUAACACGAGUGAUACAAGGACAAUGAUAAACGUUUUGUCAUAUAAAUUCCCAUUGAUGAAGCUGGUUACAAAACUAUACAAAGAUGAACUAGAGCUGGAGAUGUAUCUAAAAUCAAAUACCUAUGCUGAUUGCAGUGAAGUAAAGAAUUGUUCACAUCCAAAAAUCAAAGGAGCAAUAGUGUUUCAUGGACAAGGUCCUUACUUAUAUGACUAUAGCAUUCGGCUCAACCACACAUGGGCUUUUUCAGGAUUUCCGGAUGUAAAAAGCAUCAUGGAUAUAAAUGGCCCGUAUCUUAAUGACUUGGAAUUGGGCCUUAAUCAGAUACCAAUUUUGCAGUAUGGCUACAGCGGGUUUUUAACUCUCCAACAGGUUAUGGAUUCGUAUAUUAUUUUUUAUGCCCAACAAAAGGAAACUAAUUUAGUAAGUGAGAAUGCAAUAGACCCACUCAAGACACCAUGGAGUCAAUUCACACCAUCAACCAUAACGAUAGCUCCAUUUCCAACUCGUGAAUAUACUGAUGAUGAGUUCCAGUCCAUCAUCAAGGAGGUGAUGGGGGUCCUGUACUUAUUAGGGUUUCUUUUUCCAGUUUCUCGCCUGAUAAGCUAUUCGGUUUUUGAGAAGGAGCAGAAAAUACAGGAAGGGCUUUACAUGAUGGGACUGAAGGAUGAGAUAUUCUAUCUUUCGUGGUUUAUUACAUAUGCUGUACAGUUUGCACUUUCAGCAGCAAUCAUCACUGUUUGUACAAUAGGCACACUCUUUCAGUACAGUGAUAAGUCAUUGGUGUUCAUGUAUUUCUUUCUGUUCGGGUUCAGUGCCAUAAUGCUAUCAUUUCUGAUCUCUACUUUCUUCACACGAGCAAAAUCAGCUGUAGCAGUUGGAACUCUUACUUUUCUUGGCGCUUUCUUUCCCUACUACACAGUGAAUGAUGAAGCUGUUUCUAUGGUUGUAAAGAUAGUAGCUUCUUUGCUUUCACCUACAGCAUUUGCUUUAGGCUCCGUCAAUUUUGCUGAUUAUGAGCGUGCACAUGUUGGACUUCGUUGGAGCAACAUUUGGCGGGCGUCUUCUGGAGUGUGCUUUUUAGUCUGUCUCGUUAUGAUGAUUUUCGACUCUAUAUUGUAUUUUGCAAUUGGCCUUUAUCUGAACAAGGUUCUUCACAAGGAGAAUGGGUUUGUGUACCCAUGGAACUUCAUCUUCCCAAAAGGCUUUUGGAGGAAAAAAAGUACCAGUAGACAAUUUUUUUCCAGCUUAGAAAGUAACAGUGAUGAGCAUUCUCAAGAAAAGUGUUCUUCUCGAUCAACAAUGGAAGCAAUAAGCUUAGAUAUGAAACAACAAGAGGUGGAUGGCAGAUGCAUCCAAGUUAGGAAUCUGCACAAGGUAUAUCGUAGCAACAAGGGAGAGUGUUGUGCUGUUGAUUCUCUACAGCUUACAUUAUAUGAAAACCAGAUACUUGCACUUCUCGGACAUAAUGGUGCUGGCAAGAGUACCACAAUCUCCAUGCUUGUUGGCCUUCUUGCUCCGACUUCUGGAGAUGCUUUAGUUUUUGGCAAAAGUAUCUUAACGGACAUGAAGGACAUAAGGAAGAAUUUAGGUGUUUGCCCCCAGUAUGACAUCCUUUUCCCAGAGUUGACGGUGAAGGAACAUUUGGAAAUUUUUGCUAAUAUAAAAGGAGUGAAUGAGGAAUCUCUGGAGCACAUUGUAACUGAAAUGGCUGAUGAAGUGGGUUUGGCAGAUAAGCUUAAUGCUGUUGUAAGUGCUCUUUCUGGAGGCAUGAAAAGGAAGUUGUCCCUUGGCAUAGCAUUGAUUGGAGAUAGUAAGGUUGUUAUUCUUGAUGAGCCAACCAGUGGAAUGGAUCCAUAUUCAAUGCGGUUGACAUGGCAGCUCAUAAAAAGAAUAAAGAAAGGCAGAAUAAUAUUAUUAACCACACACUCGAUGGAUGAAGCAGAUAUACUUGGAGACCGGAUAGCUAUUAUGGCCAAUGGUUCUUUGAAAUGCUGUGGAAGUUCUCUCUUUUUGAAGCACCAAUAUGGGGUUGGCUAUACUCUUACUUUGGUGAAGACUUCACCCGGGGCCUCUGCAGCUGCUGAUAUUGUUUACAAGCAUAUUCCAUCAGCAACAUGCGUGAGCGAGGUUGGCACCGAGAUUUCAUUCAAGCUUCCUCUAGUAUCAUCCGCUUCUUUUGAGAACAUGUUUAGGGAAAUUGAAAGCUGCAUAUCAAAGUCAGAUCCACAUAUAGCAAGCUUGGAACAUGAAGGCCCCAGUGACUUUGGUAUAGAAAGUUAUGGAAUAUCUGUCACGACUUUAGAGGAGGUUUUCUUAAGAGUUGCAGGAUGUGACAUUAGUGAAGUAGAUGGCAUGGAGGGAAGUGUUUUGCCCAACUCUACUCCUGCUCAAACAUCUGAUGAUUAUGUUGAAGAAAAAACAUCAAAGUCCAAACUUUUUGGAAGUUAUAUAGUUAUCUUCGGGAUACUGUUUUCAAUGGUUGGCAGAGCUUGUACUCUUUUCCUUGAUGCAGCCUUGAGCUUGUUAAAUUUUUUGAGCAUGCAUUGCUGUUGCCCUUCCUUCAUUACAAGAUCAACAUUCUGGAAACAUUCAAAAGCGUUGCUUAUAAAGAGAUGGAUAUCUGCAAGGAGAGACAGAAAAACAAUUGUUUUUCAGCUGUUAAUUCCCGCUCUUUUUUUGUUUAUUGGUCUUCUUCUUCUCGAACUAAAGUCACAUCCUGAUCAACCCUCCAUAACCUUCACAACUUCCAACUUUAAUCCACUACUUAGUGGUGAAGGUGGUGGUGGUCCUAUUCCUUUUGAUCUAUCAUUGCCUAUAGCACGGGAGGUUUCGCAUUAUAUAGAAGGGGGCUGGAUCCAGAUUUUUAAAGAGAGCUCAUAUAGGUUUCCUGAUCCUAAUACAACAUUAGAAGAUGCUAUUGAGGCAGCAGGGCCCACUUUGGGCCCGAUCCUGCUUUCUAUGAGUGAAUACCUGAUGUCCAGCUUCAAUGAAUCCUAUGAGUCAAGAUAUGGGGCCAUUGUAAUGCACCCUCAGAAGGAUGAUGGUAGUAUAGGUUACACCGUUCUUCACAAUAGCACGUGUCAGCAUGCUGCUCCAACCUUUAUCAAUUUAAUGAAUGCAGCAAUUCUUAGGCUGGCUACACUUGAUAAAAACAUGACCAUACAAACACGUAAUCAUCCACUGCCAAUGACAGAAAGCCAGCGUCUGCAACGUCAAGACCUGGAUGCAUUUUCUGCGGCUAUUAUUGUGAGUAUCGCCUUCUCUUUCAUUCCUGCUUCAUUUGCUGUUCCUAUUGUGAAGGAACGUGAAAUAAAAGCAAAGCAUCAGCAAUUGAUCAGUGGGGUAUCUAUAUUAUCUUAUUGGAUAUCAACAUAUAUUUGGGAUUUCAUAAGUUUCUUAGUCCCUUCCUCUUUUGCUAUGGUUCUCUUUUACAUCUUUGGCUUAGAACAGUUCAUUGGAAGUGGUUCUCUAUUGCCUACAGUCCUCAUUCUGUUGGAAUAUGGUGCUGCAAUUGCAUCUUCAACAUACUGUCUAACCUUCUUCUUUUCGGAACACAGCAUGGCACAGAAUGUGGUACUCUUGGCUCACUUUUUCACGGGGAUCAUUCUUAUGGUAAUGUCAUUCAUUAUGGGAUUGAUACCCGCAACUCAAGACUUGAAUUCCUUUCUCAAGAAUUUCUUCAGAUUAUCUCCAUCCUUUUGCUUUGCUGAUGGACUAGCUUCAUUAGCUCUGCUACGCCAAGGAAUGAAAGUUGGAUCAAAUAACGGAUAUUUUGGGUGGAAUGUAUCUGGUGGAUCUAUUUGUUAUCUUGCUGCGGAGGGCAUCAUUUAUUUUCUCUUGACACUUGGGCUCGAGAUUUUCCCCCCACACAAAUUAAGUUUUUUUGCUAUAAAAGACUUCCUAAGAAGUUUCAGAAGAACUAGUCCAACUUUUUCUGAUGCCUAUUCUGAACCCCUUUUGAGAUCUUCAACAGAAAGUGCUGCUAUUGAUCUUGAUGAAGAUAUAGAUGUCCGAACUGAAAGAAGUAGGGUUCUUUCAGGUUCCAUCGAUAAAGCCAUCAUCUACCUACGUAAUCUUAGGAAGGUCUUCCCUGGAGGGAGGAACCAUGGUAAGAAAGUGGCUGUCCAUUCACUUACUUUCUCAGUGCAAGAAGGUGAAUGUUUUGGCUUUUUGGGAACAAAUGGAGCUGGGAAGACCACUACUCUAUCUAUGCUAUCAGGAGAAGUAUGUCCGAGUGCUGGAACUGCAUUCAUUUUUGGUCAAGAUAUGCGACUAAACCCCAAAGCUGCUAGCCAGCUUAUUGGGUAUUGUCCACAGUUUGAUGCGCUGCUAGAAUUUUUGACUGUCCAAGAACAUCUUGAGCUUUAUGCGAGAAUAAAAGGUGUCCCAGAUUACCUGCUAGAUAAUGUCGUAAUGGAUAAGUUAUUAGAGUUUGACUUGUUAAGGCAUGCCUCUAAACAAUCGUUUACUUUAAGUGGGGGUAACAAACGCAAGUUAUCUGUUGCAAUUGCAAUGAUUGGAGAUCCUCCUAUUGUAUUCUUGGAUGAGCCCUCUACAGGAAUGGAUCCGAUUGCAAAACGUUUUAUGUGGGAAGUUAUAUCUCGUUUAUCAACUAGAAGUGGAAAGACAGCUGUUAUUCUAACUACUCAUAGCAUGAAUGAAGCUCAAGCACUUUGCACAAGAAUUGGAAUAAUGGUUGGGGGGAAGCUAAGAUGUAUCGGCAGUCCACAGCAUCUAAAAACACGAUUUGGGAAUCAUCUUGAAUUAGAGGUUAAACCUACUGACGUUAGCUCUGUUGACUUGGAAAAUUUUUGUCAAAUGAUUCAAGAAAGGCUAUUUGACUUUCCUUCUCAUCCAAGGAGUAUAUUUGGUGACCUUGAAGUUUGUAUUCGGGGGGAUGAUUCCAUAACAUCUGAAGAUGCCUUAGCCACAGAGAUUAGUUUGUCAAGAGAUAUGAUAAUUUUGAUUGGACGCUGGCUUGGCAAUGAGGAAAGUAUAAGGACCCUUACAAAUAACCAUGGGUCUGGUGGUUCUUCUAACGAGCAAUUAACUGAGCAGUUGGCCCGUGAUGGUGGUUUGCCGCUACCAAUAUUCUCAGAAUGGUGGUUAGCAAAAGAGAAAUUCUCAAUGAUAGAUUCAUUUGUUGUAGCUUCAUUUCCUGGAGCAACUUCUCAAGGUUGCAAUGGAUUAAGUGUUAAAUAUCAGUUGCCACGUGGUGAAGAUUUCUCACUUGCUGAUGUUUUUGGACUCAUAGAGCAAAACAGAAAUCGACUAGGGAUUGCAGAAUAUAGCAUAAGCCAAUCAACACUUGAAACCAUUUUCAGCCAUUUUGCUGCCAAUCCAUGAGCCUUACAAAAAAUUUUCAACAUUGACGAUAAGGGGAGGUGCUAACCAUUUUAUUUUCCAAACUUGGUCAUCUGACCAACAUAGUGAGUUAGUCAAUAGAAUUUCCUAGAGUUUGAUGCGUACACAUACGAAAAAUGUAUAUAAAUAGUCUGGCAUUGAGACUACAAUUUCCCUAGAAACACCAUAAUGGUUGCUAUGAGCCAUGCCUGUGCAUGUUUUUCUUGCUGCGAUCUUGUUUAAACGUAUUGAUUAAGAGAA